CUCUCCCUCUCCAUAGGCUCUCUGGUUGUGCUAACCUUGACAAAUAUCGCGAUAUCUGCCUCCCUAAUCACUACGUAAUGUGCCGUGCUGCUUCUAGCGGCGCUGGUGACAGUGCUGAAAGCUGUUGGGUAUGAAGUGAAACGGAACUGAAUUUUUGUACCAUCCGCAACUGCUUCAAGUUCAGAUCACAACAAAGAAACUGAAGACAAACCUUCCAAAACAAGCAAAGUUGCAACACCGAAGACACGCGGAAAAACAAAAUAAAGGAUCACUUCAAGGGUUUAAUAACACAAGAAGUAACCAAAUCCUGAAACGACCAAAGACGACGCACAUCAGCCCAAUCGAAACGCGGAAGAGAAGCAAUCCUGCGCCCAAGCAUACUCUGAGAAGACAACUGAUCUGAAACCAGAAGUUUGUGCCUACUCAACAGCUUUGACAAAGCACACGUCCCAACGCUGCUCCUAGCCCUCCUCAUCCUCACCACACCACCGACUCACCACCGGGGUGUGGAGUGGGCUGCUAUCUGCUAGUUUUUUUCCCCCCAUAGUCUCCCCUGUCUCUCCCCCUCUACUUCUCCCACUGUUUUCAUUGUCUUUUUUCUAAGCAGUGUUGUUACACCUGCAUUUGCCUUUUUGCGCUCGAUUUCUCCCCCCUACUUUUUUUUUUUUUUUUUGCUUUAUGCAACCAUCCAGAACUCGUGCCAGAAACUUGUAACAAGUGUGUGUGUGUUCAGCUGUGUGCGUGAAGAGACCUGCAGGAACUUUAGAAGAAACAAGACGACAAAUAAAGACAUCCAGCGGUGUGUAUCAUUUGGGUGGUUACAUAGGAAUUAGUACUUAACAGCCAAGCAAAAAAAAAAAAAAAAAAAACAAUCAAAGCAGUAAACAAGUUCAGCAAGUGCAAGUUUGGUCCGAGUUUAUGGGAAAAAAUGGGCAGCCCCUGGAAAGGCUUUGUUGAGUUUACCUUGCCUGCGUCGCCACCCACCGCGUUUGUUAGCGCUGACCUGAGCAGCACCUCCCCUGUCGGACUCAGCCUGUCGCCAUAUGGCCGAUCCAUGAGUUUUGACCCUGGCAUGCUCCAUAACAAUGGGCACACUGCAUACGCCAACGGCACAGGGCCUGGCAUUAGGGAGACUGGUGUGGUGGAGAAGCUGCUGACCUCCUAUGGGUUCAUCCAGUGCUCUGAACGCCAGGCUCGUCUCUUCUUCCACUGUUCCCAGUACAAUGGUAACCUGCAGGAGCUCAAAAUAGGAGAUGAUGUAGAGUUUGAGGUUUCCUCUGACAGGCGCACUGGCAAGCCCAUAGCAGUGAAGCUGCUUAAGAUAAAGCCAGAGGUGCUGCCAGAGGAGCGCAUCUCGGGCCAGGUGGGGCCAGACCUGCACGCCUAUCCCUUUACUGUGCUGCAUGGUUAUAUUCAUCCAGUUGUCUCAUCAAUCCCUGUGCAUUUGGAUGGAAAGUCUGCUCCUGGCCAGGUUCCCACUGGCAGCGUUUGUUAUGAAAGAAACGGGGAGGUGUUCUACCUCACCUACACUCCUGACGAUGUGGAGGGGAAUAUUCACCUGGACACAGGCGACAAAGUCAGCUUUUACAUGGAGACCAACAAGCAUACCGGUGCAGUCAGCGCUCGUAAUAUUCAGCUUGUAAAGAAAAAGCAAAUGAGGUGCCAGGGUGUGGUGUGUGCUACAAAGGAGGCGUUUGGAUUCAUUGAGAGAGCCGAUGUGGUGAAGGAGAUCUUCUUUCACUACAGCGAGUUCAAGGGGGAUCUGGAGGCUCUGCAGGCUGGAGAUGAUGUUGAAUUCACCAUUAAGGAUCGAAAUGGUAAAGAAGUAGCCACAGAUGUUAGGCUGCUCCCCCAAGGAACAGUCAUCUUUGAGGAUAUAAGCAUUGAGCAGUUUGAAGGCACCGUCAUCAAGGUUAUACCCAAGGUUCCCACCAAAAACCAGAAUGAUCCCCUACCAGGUCGUAUCAGUGCCCGAAUCGGUUUCACUGACAAGGAGCUUCCGUUUGGGGAGAAGGACACGAAAUCCAAGGUGACUCUUUUGGAGGGAGACCACAUUAUGUUCAACAUCUCAACUGACCGCAGAGACAAACUGGAAAGGGCCACAAACAUCGACAUCUACCCGGACACCUUCAACUUUACAAAGGAAACCAGAGAAAUGGGAGUGAUUGCGGCCAUUCGCGAUGGCUUUGGCUUUAUUAAGUGUGUGGAUCGGGAUGCGAGGAUGUUCUUUCACUUCAGUGAAGUUCUUGAGGAGAGCCAGCUGCACAUCUCUGAUGAAGUGGAGUUCACUGUUGUGCCUGUAGGUCCUCUUCAUAAGCUUUUCACCAAAGAUAUGCUGUCAGCUCAGAGGAAUCAUGCAGUGCGCAUCAAGAAGCUGCCUAAGGGCACAGUGUCCUUCCAUACCCAGUCUGAGCAGCGUUUUAUGGGUGUGGUGGAGCGGGAGCUUAUGGCAGCCAAGAAUGCCAGUCCCACCAAGAGCAAGGAAAAGGAAGCCGAGGAAGGAACGAUUGCAUAUGAAGACUGUGGAGUGAAGCUCACUGUGGCAUUUCAUGCCAAGGACCUGGAGGGAGGAGGCCAGCCACAGGUUGGAGAUAAGGUGGAGUUCUCAAUCAAUGAAGUGAAGCGAACUGGCCAGCAGAGUGCUGUCUCCAUCAGAGUCCUCAAUAGAAACUCAUCCAACACGAAGAGACUGCAUGGAUUUGUCGCCACUCUGAAGGACAACUUUGGCUUCAUUGAGACAGCAAAUCAUGACCAGGAGAUCUUCUUCCACUACAGUGAAAUGUGUGGAGACUUGGAGAACUUGGAGUUGGGUGACACAGUGGAGUACACUCUCUCUAAGGGGAAAGGAAACAAAGUCAGUGCUGAAAAGGUUACUAAAGUGGCUGCAGUGAACGGCAUUGGUGAUGAUAUUGUGGUGACAGUGAUGAUGGGGAAAGUUAUCCGUCCCUUGCGCAGUGUGGACCCUUCACAGACAGAAUACCAAGGGCUUAUUGAAAUCACUGAGGAAGGUGGAACUAAGGGCCAGAAUUAUCCCUUUGGAAUCAUGGGAAUGGCAAACAAGGCAGACUGUCUGCAGAAAGGUGAACUUGUAAAGUUCCAGGUGUGCACGGUAACCCAAACUGGGCAGAAGAUGGCAUGUAAUGUUGUCCCUCAGCGUAGAGCCAUGGUGGAGUGCGUCAAAGACCAGUUUGGUUUCAUCACAUAUGAAGUUGGUGAGAGCAAGAAGCUGUUCUUCCAUGUCAAAGAGGUGCAAGAUGGACUGGAGCUCCAGACCGGAGACGAGGUGGAGUUCUCAGUCGUCCUUAAUCAACGCACAGGAAAAUGUAGUGCCUGCAAUGUGCGCAGAGUCAGUGAGGGGCCUAAACCGGUGGCAACUCCUCGUCCUGAUCGUCUGGUGAACAGAUUGAAGAGCAUCACUUUAGACGAUGCCAGUGCUCCCCGCCUCGUCAUUGUUAGACAGCCCCGUGGUCCCGACAAUUCAAAGGGCUUUAAUGUGGAGCGCAAGACCCGUCAGCCUGGUGUCAUCGACUGAGCAAUACAGAGCCCACCCUGUUUGGUGUUGUUGGAAUUUGUCCCUAAGGGCAACAGCGGGGUACAAGGGAAUAUGAUUUGACACAUGCUUGCACACAAACACAUACACAGAACAUACGCACACAUACGGUAAUCGGCAUGUGUAAUCUUUGUCCCCAUUGAUACCUGCGCGGGAACUUUUCUCAUUCCACUGUUCCCUGCCUCCCAUGUAAGCUGUACUUGAGUUCCAAACUGCGGUGCACAUGGGGUCUCUGAGUGUGUGCGUGUGUGUGAUGUAUCCUAAAGUCAUUAUAGUGUGUAACGGAGGUAUUUGUUUCGGAGGGCCCUGACCCUCUAAAUCAGAGUGAUGACUGUGUGGCUGUCUGUCCCAAUCUUUGAAUCUGCUUGUCUGGAAUUCUGCACCUGUAUUCAGUCCUGUAUGUUGAGCGAGUGCGGCUGUUGGCAUGUCUUUAAGCGUCUGCUCCAUUUUCUUUCUCAUAUUUUUGCUUACCCUUGGAAACUUGAAAUGGUUUCAUUAUAAAGUUUCCACUACUGUAUGCUUUCCUACAAGACGCAUAAAGCAAAGUUCCCUCCAUAAGGAGGAUCAUAUUUCUCAUACGUGCAAGCUUAAACUGAGGAUUCUUCUCUGCUCGGUUUUUUGAGCAGUUUUUAAAAUGCUUUAUUGAAGAGCUGAAGUGAAAGCAUGGUGUGUGUGUGUGUGCGUGUGAUGUAUGUGAUGUAUGUGAAUGUCAAACUAGUUAAUCUAAUGGGAUUUACUUCACCAAUCUGGAGCCUUUAGAUACCUUUUUGGUAUUCACAUGCUCCACUAAAGCAAUUUUUUCCCAGGUGCAGAAUUCCUCGUGGCAUCUUAUAUCUGCAGUUCUUUUAUACUACGUUUUUUUUCUUGCACAUACUUUUGCUUUUUUCCAUUGAAACUCAAUCUGCUAAUAUUGAAUUAAGUAAGAAUAAUAAGGUGCCUAAAAACUACAAGCAAAAUAAAAUGAAAAUAAAAAAAAACAAAGAAAAAAUUAGAUGUAUCCUCUGUUCCCAGCCAACCGCCAAAAUAUUCAGAACAAUCUUAGGGUGGCUUUCUUUUCUAGUAGAAAUAAUACUGAUAUGCAUCCCAAACCUGUGGGUUGAACUAUACUGUAUGUAAUGUGUGCUUUUUUUCUUAGUGAAAGUUCAAACUUGAGAUAUAACGAAACAAAUUUAACUUAAAGCAGAGAGGUAAAGUAUUAGAAAUCCAGUUUAAAAAAAACAAACAAAAAAAGCAUCCAGAAUCAGGUAAUCAGUUACUGUGCUCCGGAGACUCGGUGGGUAUGCUGUUGUGCCUCUGCACAUUAAGUUACAGUCAAAAUUAAUUUCAACUUUGGAGAUCACUGGGUUUCAGUUGAACCACAUACAGAGGUUCUCAUGUUCUUUUGUUAAUGGUCUUGAAUGAAACAAAUUAAAGUUUUAUGAAAAUCAUGGGCUGUUCUGGAUUUGUCCCUCAUUUCUUGAAGUAUGCUUUCUUUAAAACUGCAAGAAAAAUGUCAAAGUAAAGCUGUCUAAACGAGUGUUCUGUCUGGAUUAGGCCUGCACAGUAUGAGUGUAACAUUGGGAUAACAAUUGAAGGUGCAAUAAAUCAAAAUUAAACAUUG